AUGGAGCAGAAUUUGGAUGAGGCGCGAGAGGAUCAAGAAGAAAAAAAUCCGAUUGUUGAGGCGACAUUCUACACGAGAGCCAGCAUCAAUUGCUUCAUCUGCUAUAAGAGGAUUCAUGGUCCCCUUGAUAAUGUUGAAUAUUUUCGGCCUUGCAAGUGCUCGACAAUUUAUGCCCAUAAAUCGUGCGGCAAGACGGAGUUGAAGAAGCUGAGCGGUUCGAUGUGCUCGAGAUGCGCGGUGCCAUUCGGUUACGCGGUGCCGAAGGCGCGAAAUUGUGCGAUUUGCGACGAGGAGAAAGACGCGCGCAAAAUUGUCGAAAAAUCACUCGAGCCGAUGAUUGAGCCGUGCUUUUGCGGAAACUCCAUUCACUUCUCUUGCAUGGAAAACCUUGUAAAAUCGUCGAGUGUUUGCCAGAAAUGCAGUGUUCGAUAUUGCCAAAUUAAGUAUGACUCGAUUUCGACGUUCAUCUGCCGACAUUUCGUCGUUUUUCUCGCUUAUAUCGCUGUAUUGAUGAUUUGUGGUGGAUUUCUGGUCGUUUGCUUCCAUAAUAGGAAGAUUUGGACGGAGUUCUCGACAAUUAUGGAAAUUGUAAUUCUCUCGAUCGCGGCGAUUUGUUUGACGGGCCUCGUCGGCGUCACCUACUAUCUGCUCAACAUUUUCAUUCCGACUCAUUGGCGAAUCGAAAAGCUGAAACACGCGCGAAUCCAUGUGGAGCCGUUGAAGGUGGCGAAGCAGAAGAAGAAGAAUGGCGAGACGAACAUCGACAUUGAAAAUCAUUGA